AUGGAAUUUAAUAGUACUGGUGGGAUGAAAAGUCCCUUUUCUCCUCGUGUCAGACAAUCUAUUACAGGGCGAAGACCUAUAGGAUUAACAUCUGCGAAAAAGAAUCAAAGUAAGUUCAUGCAGACAACUGAUCAGCAGUCGGGAGAUAUAAUUUAUAAAACUCCUAUGCUUACUAUUGAAACUUAUGGCAUGCCACUACCAGUUAUGGUUACAGAAACACUCACAUUUGCUAGUGGAGAUGUAAGUGUGCGCAUGUCGCCUUGUGGAUGGUGCUGGGUAGUUGCUGGACGAAGAGUGUUAGCAUGGCCAAGGGAAGCAGCAUCGUCACCUGCUGCUCCAACUGCUGCUAGGGAAUUGACUUUACCGCAGACUGACUUGGCACAUAAGGCAGAUUUAGUUAUGCUCUUUUAUGAAGAAGGAGCACAGAUGCCAUCUUGCAUUGGUGUUUCACCAGAGGGUGUAGUGAGAUACUGGUCAUCUGUAGGUACUGAAGGUGCAUACUCCGAUGUUUCAUGUGAAUUAGCAGGGCAAGAGUGUGAUAGACUUACUGAAACUAAGGAAGGAUUAUUGCUGGCCACAACUACAUGCACACUUGUUAAGAUUACUACAAGUAAUGAGGGAAGACCCACUGUUGUUUGUCAAACACUACGUCCUCCUAGUGGUUGGCUUGGAGGUAUUGGCCGACGUGUUUCUCUACUCUUCUUUGGUUCUAUGCCUGCUCAUGCAGAUACUAAAUUAGUUGGUGUAGUGGUGCUACCGGGUACAACUAACCCUGAAAAUCCAGAGGAAGAGGAAGAGGAAUGUAUAGCGCUGGUGGCUGGAGGUCCCCUGCUUCAGCUUUGGUGUGGUGCUGAAGUACAUGAGCAUCAUUUACGCCGACCACUCUCUGAGGCCUUUGCAAGAGCUCAUUUGGCUCCACAGGGAGACUUGAACAGCCUUGAGAUGAUGGCGUUGGACGUGCACGCGCACGGACCGCGCUCCCUGCUGCUGCUUGUGGCUGCUGUCAACGUGGCGCGUUCCCCGGAGAUGCGAUAUGCAAUUGCGCAUAUCAGUGUGGAGGGUGGCGGGGCGCGCGUGGUGUCCCUGUGCGCGCUGCGAGUGCCGCGCGACGACGAAGCGCCGCGUUGUCUGCCGCUACCGACGCGCCCUCUGCUGUACACUUCCUCCUACGUGGCAACUGUUUUACCGUCGAGCGACAAGUGCGAGUACGUGGACGUGUCGGGCGAGGAGGACCGCGUGCUGGGCGCGGCGCAGUGCGCGGGGGUGGCGCUGUUGUUCAGCCGCAAGCACGGCGUGCUGCGCCUGCGCAUGGCCGACGUCGACGCGGACCUGCAUCACGCACCUUCAAUAUGCGAUAGUCCAAUGGGAUCGCCGUGUCCCUCCGAUAUGUACGACGGCAACCUUUCUCUAUAUGAAAUAGAUCCGCAUGAGGUGAGCGCAAUGAGCACAGACGCGGUCGGCAAAUUGAAGAGCGCUUUCCUGUUCCACGUGCGCGGCGCGGGCGCAGCGGCCGCGCGCCUCGCCGCCGAGCUGUUCCCGCCGCCCGCCGCGCCGCCCGCGCGCGACGCGCCGCUCGACCGCACCGUGCUCGCCGUCGCCGCCGACAUGCUGGACGACGUGCCCGCGGGGGACCCCAGAUGGAAGAUACGCAGCGGUGCGGCGACACGCGUGGCACUUGGCAGCUCUGCCGCGUUACAGACGGCUGCGCAACUGCGCGACAAACAACGCGCCUUCGCGUUGUUCCUAGAGUUCCUGCGCGCGCACGGGCUGUGGCGGCGACUGGGUUGUGUGAGCGUGGGGGAGGAUGGGGAUGUGGGGGAGGUCGGGGAGGUCGGUGAGGUCAUCAGUACGCAGUGGGCGCUGUGCGGGCUGGCGGAGCGGUUAGCAGCGGCGCGCGGGCUACAGCGGUUACACGCUGCCGGUGCGCCGCUGUUGGACGCCGCGUUGCACGCCGCCGCCGACGCUGAGCGUGAUGAUGCUGAGGAGGAGGUGGUGGAGGCGCUGCGCAACGGGUCACUGUCGCCAGCAGACGUGUGCUUCCGGCGCGUGACGCGUGCCACGCGCCUGCUGCGUGCGCUGGCCACGCUGCCGUCGCCGCCGGCGGCGCACGACGCUCGUGCCGCGGCGCUGCAUGCGCUACACGCCUGUUCUGCGCUCACCACGGUGGUAACGGAGAUGCACAAGUGCCGCGCGCAGUGGGCGCAGUGGGCGGGCGGCGCGCCGCGGCCGGCGCCGGCGCUGGGCCCGCGCGCCACGCUCUCCGCGCUCGCGCAGGCGCACAAGCGCGCCGUCUCUCAAUGCGCGCGUCGCUGCGAGGACGCGGCGCUGCGCGCGCAGCUGCUGGAGGGCGCGGCGGCGCUGGCCGACCUGCUGCUGGCCGACGCGCAGGCGCUGCCCGCCGCGCGCUACGACGACCUGCGCGCUGACAUUAUACGCCCAUACAUCGAGGAAGGCCAAAUAGAACGGGCGGCUGUGUUGGCGGAGAAGUUCAAAGAUUUUGAUCUGUUGAUAGAAAUGUGCGUACAGCGCAAUGACAUAGAGCGUCUCUAUGGAUACAUUGACAAAUAUUCUGAUGAGGGUAUAGCGGAGAAAGCGUACGCGUGGCUAGCGUCGCGCGGGCACUCGGCGCUGCUGCUGCGGCGGGUGGCGGCGCGCGGCGGGGCGCGGGCGGCGGCGUGGCUGGCGGCGGCGCCGGCGCGGCGCGGCCUGCGCGCGCUGCACCACCUGGCGGCGGGCCCGCACGCGCUCGCCGCGCGCCUCUACGCCGAGCUGGCGGUGGACGCUGACACUGUUGAUAGGGUCACGACAUUCGCAUCAAUCGCAAAGCUGUGCAUGGUGGCGUGCGAGGGCGAGGCGGGCGGCGCGGGGGAGGUGGGGGAGGCAUGGCGCGCGGCCGAGGCGCGGCUGGCGCUGGCGGAGCAGCAGCAGGCGCUGCCGCGCGCCGUCGCGCUGCAGCACGGCCUCGACGCGCCCGGCGCCAGGCUCGCGCACCCUGAGGAACUCGUGCAGAUGUACAUAGACUCCGAUAGUCCUUCUCUCACCGAGUAUGACUACAAGAAAGCGCUAGAUCUCACUGAUUUUGUGCCGGACAUGGAGAGAAGGGACGAACUUAGAUUACGAGUGUGGUGCGCGUGCAUACGACGCGAUGACUGGUCGCAGGCGCGCAUGGACGCGCCCGCCGACGCGCUGCGCGACAUCAUGUUCUUCCGUCUCAUAGACCUUGUGCAUCUCAUGGGUGGUGAUGUAGAAUUACUGCUGCCGCCGUUAGACGACAUUUUGACGGCGCGCGAACUUGCCGACCUAGUGUCCGAUACGCGCUUCCGCUUCCUGCUGAAGUAUGGCUACCAGUGUGUGCUCUCGCACAACGACGACGUUGACGACCAG